CUUCCCGGGCCGGGGGGAGCGGGGCAGGCGGCGGCCCCGGUGGCAGGCACAGGGGUCGGGGAGUGGGGGACGCACGUAGCACCGGGGGCGGGUAACAGUAUCUGUGCUCCCCAGGGUGGCUGCCGUGACCCCCCUCCGCUGCCUCGGCGGGCACGGCCCAGCCCCGGAGGGCCGCGAGAAGCCUCGCCGGGCCCCCGAGCCGAGGGGAGAGCUCGGUCCCAGGAGGAGCCGAAUGUGUUGGACUUUGUGGCAGUCCCAGGGGAGCCAUGGCCAUGCCGUGUCCUCAGCAAUGAUUCCCCGCUGACAGGCUGAGCGGUGCCGACGGCGUCUGGAGAUGGUUCGGCUGUUGCCUGUGGGGAGGAUGCUGGCUCUGAGGCCCAGGUAGGAGCCUGGCCAUGGGGCUGGCACCUCCCUGCUACCCUCCGUAGCCCAACAGCAGCUGACGGGCCACCAUGGAGCAACCCACACGGGUGCCCGGAUCCCUCCGCCUCCUGGGCUUCUUUGGGCGGAGGCCACAGGCCAUCGGGGGGGAGAAGUCGCCAGAACUGGAGCCAGAGGAACCCGAGGAGACACACGUCGUGCUGCCCCUGGGCGAGGGCGGGGAGCUGGUGGAGUGUCCCCUGUGCCUGCUGCCCCAGCCCCCCGAGGCCUUCCCCACCCUGGCCUCUUGUGCCCACCGCUCGUGCCGGGCCUGCCUGGAGCAGUACCUGCGCAUCGCCGUCGGCGAGAGCCGCGUGCCGGUGGCCUGUCCGCACUGCCCUGCCGCCCUCCAGCCCACCGAUGUCCACCGCCUCCUGGCCGAGCCCGCCCUCCGCGACAAGUAUGAGGAGUUCCUCCUGCGGCGGCUGCUGGUGGCCGACCCCGGCACCCGAUGGUGUCCCGCACCCGACUGCAGCUACGCUGUCAUCGCCUACGGCUGUGCCGAGUGUCCCCGCCUCACCUGCGGACGCGAGGGCUGUGGCACUGAGUUCUGCUACCACUGCCGGCAGCCCUGGCACCCCAAUGGCCCCUGCGCGCCAGCGCCGCCGGCCCCCAGCCUUGCCAACCCCGCAGCACAGCUAAUCCAUCCGGAGGACUCGGCCCACGCUGAGGCCGAGGACAUCAAAGUCUGUCCCCGCUGCAGUGCCUUCAUCAUGAAGAUCAACGACGGGAGCUGCAACCGCAUGAACUGCGCAGUUUGUGGCUGCCUCUUCUGCUGGCUCUGCCUGCAGGAGAUCUCCGACGUGCAUUUCCUGAGCCCCUCUGGCUGCACCUUCUGGGGGAAGAGGCCUUGGUCACGGACACGGAAGAUCCUGUGGCAGCUGGGCAUGGUGCUGGGGGCACCCAUGGUGAUCUCCCUCGUCGCGGGCAUCGCUGUCCCUGUCAUUACCAUUGGGAUCCCCAUCUACAUGGGUAGGAAGGUGCUGGGCCAGAGCCGGAGGAGCAGCCUGUCGGGGUGCCAGCAGUGCUUUUCUGUCACCAGCAGCGUCCUCCUCUCUCUCUUUGUGUCCCCCAUCAUCACAGCUGUCACCGUGGGAGUCGGCGUGCCCCUGAUGCUCACCUACGUCUACGGAGUGGUGGUGCUGUCGCUGUGUCGGAGCCGCUGGGGGUGCGGGGGCAGCCGCAGCCCACCUGGGGAUCUCGGCGUGGUGGAGCUGGAGAACCUGACCAAGCGUGAGUCCUGCACUGCCGUCUGUCCACCAUCCCGUACCCUCCAUCGGGCCGCAGGGGCUCCGGUCCUGCCUGGCGUCUCAGUGGCUGUGACAUCUCCAGAGCCAGGGGCUCCCUGUGGACACGUGUCGGUUCUGCCCGGGGUGGUACCACACACACCUCUCCCUGCGAGGGGGCUGCACGCUGGUGUCCUGGGGGAGGCGGGUGCUGCCCAGAGCAGUCUGGGACCUGCCGAGAGCCCGGUGGGCCGUUCUGCUCCCCACUCUGCCAGGGAGCGGUCCUUGCAGACAGGGUGCUCAGUGCCAUCUCUCCCUCUGCCAGUGAAUGAGCUGUGGUCGGUGCUGCCCAGCCCCAGGGGGGGUGAGGACGGGGUCCCGGACACAACCACCUCCUUCCCCAGCAGCAGCCAUAGCCCACGGCACGGGGCUGUGUGGAAGGAGCAGGACAGCCAGUCAGCCAGCACGGUGGCCCUCGCAGGGAGCAUGCUGAGCGAGGGCCAGGACAUGUCCUACAGGGAAGGCAUCAACAUCGAGGUGGAGGUGUCGAUCGAGGCAGCGCCGCGUCCUGGCCGGGAGCAGAGCCUGUGCAGCAUGCUGUCAGGGCAGAGUCUCUCCGGGGACUCCCUGGGAGGCAGCAGUGACCGGUGCAGCACUGUGGGCAUCCCUGCGGAGUGAGGGGACCGUGCAGCACUGAGCAGGGGGAACCUCGAUCCACAGAGCCCCCACCUGGGCUCCCACCUGCCACGGACACAAAGUCCCUGUGCCCCGCUGUGGCAGAGCUGGUCACCCUCUGUGGGGCACCCCCAGACCCACGAACUGGGUCCUGGCCAUCCCCAGGCUGGGGGGCACUGACUGUGCUGAGCUCCAUCCACCCCUUCCCUGAAAGCAGCCUUGAGCAUUGGCACCACUGGGAAAUAAAACAGUUCCCCGAG